CACACUCAAAAGGAACCGGGUGAACCAGGAAGAAAAGAUGACAGCUGACUUCUCUUAUUUCGGCUAGAAAAGGGCAAUACAAUAAUUUCCGUUUAAAAACAACCAUGGUCUGUCUACAUUGAUCACAUUUUGUCUUACUUAGACUACAAGGCUGUAGCCCCAGGUCUGGCCAUUGGCAGAUGGUAUCCACGCUGGCCUUGGCUUCCAGUGGGCAAGGCUAACUGUGUGGCAGUAUGUCCAAUGGCAACGAGUCCUGCAUGACGGGAGAAGGCUUAGCCGCCUUCCUGGCGUGCGUGUUCCAUGCGUGGGAAGAGUGGGCCGACCUGGGUCGCCUGGAAGACUACCUCAGCGUGCUGGAGUACCUGGUGUGGGUCUUCACACCCCUGGCUAUCGUCUUCAUCCUGCCCUUCCUCAUCGUCAUCCUCCUCUACCUGUCCAUCCUCUUCCUCCAUGUGUACAAGAGGAAGAACCAGCUGAGGGAGGCUUACUGUAACAACCUGUGGGACGGGGCGAGGAAGACUCUGGCUACGCUUUGGGAUGGGCACGGGGCCAUAUGGCACGGUUAUGAGAUCCAUGGAAUGGAGAAGAUCCCACACGAGGGAGCAGCUCUUAUCGUGUACUACCAUGGGGCUAUACCUAUUGACUAUUACUAUUUCCUGGCUAACAUCAUCCUUCAGAAGGGACGGACCUGCCAUUCGGUCGCUGACCACUUCCUGUUCAAAGUCCCAGGGUUUAAACUGCUGCUGGAAGUGUUCAGCGUGAUGCAUGGGCCCCAGGAGGAGUGUGUAAAGGCCCUGAGGAACGGCCACCUGCUGGGCAUCUCCCCAGGAGGCGUCAGGGAGGCCCUGUUCAGCGAUGAGACCUACCCCCUGCUCUGGGGCAAACGCAAGGGCUUUGCUCAGGUUGCCAUCGAUUCCAAAGCGCCAAUAAUUCCAAUGUUUACACAGAAUGUGAGGGAAGGAUUCAGAUCACUGGGAAGAAUGAAGUUUUUUCGAUGGGUGUACGAGAGGUUUCGGUUGCCGAUAGCUCCAGUGUACGGAGGCUUCCCGGUGAAGUUCCGGACAUUUCUUGGUGACCCCAUCCCCUAUGACCCCAACACGAAUGCCACAGAGUUAGCAGAAAAGGUGCAGCAGGCCGUUCAGGCUCUCAUCGACAAACACCAAAAGGUUCCAGGGAACGUUCUCCGAGCCUUGCUAGAACGGUUCCACAGGAGACAGAAGGAACACUGACCUUUCUGUUACAAAGAAGUCGGUCUCUGUAUAAUCGUUUUGUAUUUGCUCAACCUGGACACAGGGUGGACGUGCACCCAUUUCAGUUGUCUAUUAUAGUACUGUAUGUAUGCAGGGUUUGACGUGUUGUAACUCUUGUUAGUCUACUGUCAUUGGUCAGUUAAGGCGGUGGAUGUUGAUUCUGUUAUCAUGUCACAAACAGGUUGUUGUUGUUUUUAUAUGAAUUACUGAUAUUUCACCUUGUGUGAGUUUAGUGUUGUUUUAAUGUUGUAGUUUUUUUAUCACUAAGCAACAUAUCUUGUUGUUAUGUGGUGAGAUAAUAAUGCACAAUUUUAAUAUUAUUAUAUUUGGUUAAUGUGAGAUGUGCAGUAAAAAGAUUUGGUGUUGUGUGUAUAUUUUGGAUGUUAUGUAUAGUCAUUGAUUCCACAACUAAUUUUGCACACUAUGGAUUUGUUUAGUACCACUGCCAACAAUAAUGUACAUUUUUUCUGUAAAAAAAGCCUUUCCAAAGACCAGCUGAACCUAGUCAUAUGGGAUUUCAAACUGGAUCCUUCUAAUUUCUGAAAUGUUUGCCUUUGGUUAAUUGAAGUUAUUUUAUAAUUUCUUUAAUUGUGAAAUUUCCAAAUGUGUUCACUAUGUUGAAUUAUGUAGAUGUAUACUGCCAGCACUUUUAAAUCAGACUGAGAUCCGUUAACAAGCAUUGUGAUUCAGGACUACAAUGUAAUCUCAAUAAAUAUAUUUUAUUAUGA